UCUGCUGGUCAGACAUACCUGCAAGACUUCCCAGGAGAGCAUCCUUGGACCCUGCUCACCCCUGCUCCUUCAGGAAGGGCUCUCCUAGGCCGGUGGCUAUGCUACAGGUGCCAGCCCUAUCUGGCACUGACUUUCACCCUGGCUGUGACCUGCCUGCUGUUCCUACAGGGAUGGAGGCAAUGGCAGCCAGCACUUCCCUGCCUGACCCAGGUGACUUUGACCGGAAUGUGCCUCGGAUCUGUGGAGUGUGCGGAGACCGAGCCACGGGCUUCCACUUCAAUGCCAUGACCUGUGAAGGCUGCAAAGGCUUCUUCAGGCGGAGCAUGAAGAGGAAGGCACUGUUCACCUGUCCCUUCAACGGAGAUUGCCGAAUCACCAAGGACAACCGCCGUCACUGCCAGGCCUGCCGGCUCAAACGCUGUGUGGACAUUGGCAUGAUGAAGGAAUUCAUUCUAACAGACGAGGAGGUGCAGCGUAAGCGGGAGAUGAUCAUGAAGAGAAAAGAGGAAGAAGCCUUGAAGGACAGUCUGAGGCCGAAGUUAUCGGAGGAACAGCAACGCAUCAUAGCCAUCCUCCUGGAGGCCCACCACAAGACCUAUGACCCCACCUAUGCUUACUUCAGGGAUUUCCGGCCUCCGGUUCGUACGGAAGGGAGUGAGGAGAGCUAUCCUGAAAGGCCCACAUUCGGCUUCUCCGGGGUGUCCUCCUCCUCCUCCAGCUCCGAUCUGUACACCACCUCACUAGACAUGAUGGAACCGUCCAACUUUUCCAACCUGGAUCUGAAUGAAGAGGACUCUGAUGACCCCUCCGUGAGCCUGGAUCUCUCGCAGCUCUCCAUGCUGCCCCACCUGGCGGACCUGGUCAGCUACAGCAUCCAAAAGGUCAUUGGCUUUGCCAAGAUGAUCCCCGGAUUCAAGGAUCUCACCUCUGACGACCAGAUUGUCCUGCUCAAGUCAAGCGCCAUCGAGGUUAUCAUGCUGCGCUCCAACCAGUCUUUCACCAUGGAUGACAUGACUUGGGACUGUGGCUCCCAGGACUACAAGUAUGAUAUCACUGACGUCACCAAAGCUGGGCACACCCUGGAGCUGAUUGAGCCCCUCAUAAAGUUCCAGGUGGGGCUGAAGAAGCUGAACUUACACGAGGAGGAACACGUCCUGCUCAUGGCCAUUUGCAUUGUUUCCCCAGACCGACCUGGGGUACAAGACGCCAAGCUGGUUGAAGCCAUUCAGGACCGCCUCUCCAACACGCUGCAGACCUAUAUCCGCUGCCGCCACCCACCGCCAGGCAGCCACCAGCUCUACGCUAAGAUGAUCCAGAAGCUGGCUGACCUGAGAAGCCUCAAUGAGGAACACUCCAAACAGUAUCGCUCCAUCUCCUUCCAGCCCGAGAAUAGCAUGAAGCUCACACCCCUUGUGCUGGAGGUGUUUGGCAAUGAGAUCUCCUGACCAGGGUAGCCUGCAGCGGUGCCUGGGUGGGGCCGCUCCUCCAGGGCCCCGUGCCCAGGCUCUGGGCAGGUUGCAGUCCAGCAGUGCCUCCUGCCCCCUUCUGGAGUUCAGUCCUUCCUCUGCCAUUGCCCACGUCUGUCGGGCCCAUCCUUUCCCCUGCCCAGCCUGUCUCCCUUUCCUGCAGACCACAGGUUGACCCUGUCCCUUGAGACUUCAGUUAAGGAGAGACUGCUACUCAUUUGACAAAGAAACUCAAGCGGGCAUAGAGGGCAGAGGCCGAAGGCAGAGCCCUGCCUGGGGAUGCUCCCAUUAUAAGGGGCUACUGCUUGUGUCAAGGGAGGCAGGCAGGAGAAAUGUGCCCAUGUCUCAGGGACAGGUACCUGUACCUCCCCCCAACUCCAGCCCCACCUACCCAGAGCCUAAUGAGAAAUUCCCUACCCCUGCCAAAAAGGGUACCCACCUACCCACACAAUCCCCUGCAUCCCAUCUCAUCCUGCCGCCAGUGUGUGCUAUUCCAUCCCAGGACCUCCUUCUUUUGUUUUAUACUCAUGGACUUGUUCACUGCCAAGAUGACCAAAUACACUACCACACUAACCAAUGAGUACUCCCCUAGCUCCAGAAUUCCCACCUAUGAGGUUUUGCCAUGGGAAUUCUCCAGGGCCAGGACCUCUGGACCAGGGGGCUUCUUCCCCAUCCCAGAACCACUGUCCUAGAAAGCACCUAAGGAUAGGUCCCAGGGGAUGGGACACAGGCCAAGUAAAGAAGAACAGAGCCAGCCUCUUCUUCCCGCAGGACAAUGAAUGAGACCCCUCUGUCCUUGUCAUCAAGUAGAGGGUCCCUCAGCCUGGAGAUAGUGGAACCGCUCCUCUUACCUACACAUGUGUCAGGACCAAAUGUCCCCAACUUUCAGAAGAUCCCCAGCCCUGUCUUCACCCCUUACCCUGCCAGUGCCUUACCACCUACCUAGAAAAGACCCUUUUUCUCUGGCUUCCCGGGAACUCACCAAGAAUGUCCACAAGUCAUCUCCGCUUCCCCGUCAACCCCAUUUGGAGCAGCAGUGUCUCACUUGCCUAGGGGAGCUACCUUUUCUUCCUAUUAGAAGGAGAUGGGGGAAAACCAAGAGCUCCCCGAGUGGAGCUCCAAGCCUGCUAUUCAGAUAGAAAACCAGACAGGAUCACUCCUCACCUCCGGAGACAGAGAGGGGUGAUCAGAACGUGUGGAGUACAAAGAUAUGGGACCAGUUCCCUGAUUCGCACCCACCACCCAAAGUCAAGGGAGGCCUAUGAAACAGACAGGCAAUGGGCUAGGUGCACAUCUUCAAACUCCAUUCUUCUGUGGCAGCCCAGCCCAGGAGCUUGGAACCCUGAUCUCGCUCACCCCAAGUACAGCCCUUUCUGAUCAUGGAUGUGUGGGACCCAUACAGAAGAGGUUCUCAUAAGGGUACUCAUAGAAGGUCCUUAGGUGGAUGCCUGAUUUAGAAAACACGGCCACAUUGAAAGCAGCAAUACAGGUCAGUGGGAACAUAGUUACGUUUUUUUUGUAUUCCCCGGAAACCCUGGGACAAGACAGAUUUAACACUGCAAGGACGAUUAGUAUCCACCUUGCCCUGCAUGUCCCAGAAUUCAAGUGGAAAGCAUCUGGGGCCACAUUCCCAGAUUGCAGAAUGGCAUACAGAAGGUUUCAUUUUAAAUUUCUUAGAUCAGGGUUGUUUUCAGAAUUAGACCCCACCUAGACUGUGUCCUAACACCGAGGUGGCAGCACCUGAAUCAGCAAUGUGUGUGUGUGUGUGUGU